CACACACCUGACACCGGCAAUAUGCGAGUAUAAGUGUGCCAUUGCAUUCAAACUGCAUUUUGCAAGUAUACAUCAUUUCACGAAAGUGUAAAUUCUUGUUAUCACAAGUGCAGUUCGCAUAUUCGCAACUACUAAAAUGUCGAUCCAAUCUCUCCCAAUGGAGGUGUUGCAGCAGAUUUUCACCUAUUUUUCGUAUCGAGAACUGUUGCCAUUGUCGCUUGUUUGCCACCGCUGGAAUGAGGCAACGGUAAAAUUUAUCGUGUGCAAGGGAAAGUUCAACGUGACUCGAGCUUUACGGGAUUCGGCCGAAUGCGUUGAGGAAGGUCGUCUUAUCAACCCAUCGGUUGUGAUUGGAAAUAUUGUGCGCGAUUACCGAGCGAUUAUGGUGGACAACUGGCAGCAACACGAACCCACCAUAGCAGCAUGUGUCCAAAGGUUUCCGAUAAUCGAUGCACUACAUUUAGAUGAAAUUCCAUGCCGGGAUCUGCAUUGCCUUUACGUUACGUACCAGGACUGGAUUACUCAAUGCAGUUGGAUGCGUAUUUCAUUGAGAAGUUGUUACAGGAGCAAAGCGGCAGAUAAGCCGCUGAACUGCAUUUGGAACAUGCCGAAAUUGAAACGAUUGGUUUGGCAAGAAUGCGACUAUGACCCUUUGAGGACAGUGACCAUCAACGCUCCCAAUUUGGAGUCGAUUUAUUUGAAGGGCAGUGAAGGUUCAUCUCCCGGCGAAAUAAGGCUGCAAUGUGCACUGGUAAAACACAUCGAAUGUGAGGAAUACGGACACGAGUUUCCUGAGAAGUUCAUAACGGAUCUCGGAAGCGUCGAAACAUUUCAGUUGACUCUUGAAAAUAGAAUAGACCUCGGAUUUUUCCGAGGAUUACGCCAGUUGACAGAUUUGGAUUUGACUUUGGACUGCAAGAUGAAAUCCUUGGAUGAACUGAUGAACGUUUGCUCUGGGCUUCCAAUAACGAUAUUGAAUAUUUCAUGUUCUAUCGAAAGGAGCUUCAUCAAUUUGGAAGAGUUUUUCGCUAACUUUACUGAACUAGAAUCGCUGACGCUAAGCCGCGUGGAUUUCUAUGCGGAACGAGACAUUCUUUUAAGACAAUUGAAGAAUCUAGAACUUCGAUGCGUCGAAUAUUGCGAAGAUGUAACAUUAAACGUCCCAAGCCUGACACAUCUGACGCUUGAAUCGGAUAUUCUUGAUAAAAUAAUCUUCACUAAUGCUAGCAGCCUUUCGAAUCUUAGUCUAUAUUUAACUUCGGAAAAAUUGAAAAACUGCCUCGAACAAACCGUUUUUCCAUUUCUAGACAUCCAUAGAAAUGUGGAAAGUCUCACAUUGAUCAACAAACGCUUUAGAAAAAAUGAUGAUUUUAUCGAUAAAUCAACUAACACACAUGUAUUGUCGAAUCUACGAAGCCUUGAAUUGCGCUGGAUUAACGUGACUGUCGAUUUCUUUCGAGUUUUCACCGAGUCGAAACAGUUACAGAAUCUGACCCUGACCGAUUGUAACAUCGAUUGUACAGGCCUGCCGGAUGCAGAACACAUUCGGUUGGACUCGGUUGAGCGCAUGGUUAUUGGGCAACGGUGCUACCUGAAAAACACCAUUCGGACCGAUUUUCCUCUACUGGCAGGGGGGCAUUCCUGAGGAUUAUUUGUGCCUUGCGAGAUUGUUUGUAAUAAUAUGUCUAUCUAUUUGCAUUGGUUUGUUUAGUUUAUUUGAAUAAAAGUUUACGUUGCAUGUCGCAGUAGAAUUAAAAUAUUUGAAUUGAUUACCAAUCCUAAUAUUGUGAAAGCUAGGGAGUUAUUAGUUCUCAGUGCCCCGCGAAUAACAUGUCCCAUAUUGUCUAGUGGCUGUGGAUAUCUGGCUUUCAUCCUGAAGGCCCGGGUUCGAUUCCCGGUAUGGGAACCAGGAGUAUGUUGCGACGACAAUUUGGUGUUUGGUGAAACUGGUAAUGCUAUUAUCUAAUAGGAAUCAAUUGAAUGUACUGGGAUCGUUAGAAGAUGUAGUAAUAAGAUACACGUCGAGUUGGCGAGUUCGUUCCUCUACUGGUGUAAAAUAGGAAACUAUCAUGUAAGUUAAUUUUAGUGAAAAUGCAAUGUAAAGUUAUUUCAAUGAAUUAUGUUUAAUAUAGCAUUGGAGCUACCGUAAAAA